AUGUCCCAGCCCGAGGACGGCGGCUCCCGCGCCGCGGAGCUGCUCAGGCUGCUGAGCCCCUCGGUCCUGGGCACGAUCUCGCUCGCGGUCGGCGUCGCCGCGGUGGCCUCGAAGCGUGCGUUGAUUGCAGAGCGUGCCGAACAGAAGGCUCGCGGGGCGCGGGACGGCCGGGCGGGGCGGGAGGAGCGCGGAGAGCAGGACUCGGUCACUCUGACGCGCCGGGACGCGCUCGUGUUCCCCGUGGCCGCGAGCGUCGCGCUCAUGGUGAUGUUCUUUCUGUUCAGAUAUGUUCAGAGCCUGAUUGUGCUGCUCAUGGCGUCCGUCGCGGCGGGCGCGACGGUCUUCACGCUCGAGCCGGUGCUGCAGUACGCGGCCGCGCGGAGCAGACGGGUCGCAGACCUCAUCGCGCGGCCGACGCUGUGCGGCGCGUCCGUCGGCAGCACCCUCCUAGCCACAACCGCCGGCCUCCUCGUCCUCUCCUGGAUGGCCACGGGCCACUGGCUGCUCAACGACGUCAUCUGCGCCUUCCUCGGCUGCAUGUUCAUCUCCUUCGUCCGCCUCCCGAACCUGCGCAUCUGCGCCCUGCUCUUCGGCGGCCUCUUUGUCUACGACGUCUUCUGGGUCUUCUUCUCCGAACGCAUUUUCGGCGACAACGUCAUGGCCAAGGUCGCCACGGACGCAGCCACCAACCCCCUGGAGCAGGCCGCGGAGCUCACGCACUGGCAGUGGCUCAUCGACCACCUCGCGCACCACCUGGACCUCCCCGUCAAGUUCCUGGUGCCCCUCGCGGCGCCGCAGGCGGCCGGGGACGACGACGGCGACGCCGGGAAGUUCGGCAGGCGACAGUUCAUGCUCCUCGGCCUCGGAGACGUUGCGAUCCCGGGCCUCCUGCUCUCUCUCGGGCUCGUGUAUGACAACAGCAUGAAGCGCCGGCGGUACGCGGCGGUCCGGGACACGGAGAUGGCGGCGCCGCUGCUCACGGGGGCCGGCGCGCACGGCGCAGGUGCCAACCCUGCAGGCGGCCCAGCAGCGCAGGCGCCGUCGCGCGAGGGCUCCGCGGCGCCCGGCGCGUCGCAGCCGUCGAGCGGGGCCGGCACGCCCGCGCUGCCCGGGACCGGGGAGGUCUUCGGCGCUGAGUCAGGGGGGGGGAGUGUGUUGCGGUACUUCCCGACGACGCUGGCGGCGUACGCGGUGGGGCUGGUGCUGACGAUGGUGGCGGGGAUCCUGUCCGCGGCGCCGCAGCCGGCCCUGUUCUACAUCGUACCGUGCACGUACGGAACGGUCGUGGCCGUGGCGCGACUGCGGGGGGAGCUGCACGCGCUGUGGGGCGGACACCGGCCGCGGGUGGCGGAGCUGGAGGACGCAGACGAGGCGGACAAGGGCACGGCGUGA